GUUCUUGUAAAUGAGGCUUUAUUUGAGUAGAAAUUAUGUCCACCUAUUUAUGUUUUUGCUUUUGUAGUUGUUGGCCAAGUACCAUAAACUGAGUGACUAUAAAUAAAUAAAUUUAUUUUUCAAAACUUAUUUCCCAGCUGCAGGCUGGAAAAUCCAUCCAGUUAAGACACCAUAGAUUCAGCAUCAGUUCGUUUCCUGCUAUGUUGUCACAUGAGGGUGAGAGACUUCUCUGAACUUUCUUUUUUAUAGACCCAGUGAUCCUAUAAUGGCUUCCUAGAGGUUCCACCUCAAGUACUAUUACAUUAGAGAUUAGGUUUCAGCCUUGGACUCUGAACAGCAGGGGAUAAGCAUUCAGUCUUCAGUAAUAUGGAUCACAAGCCUAAGACAUACACUAUCCAACUCCUUAAUACUUUCACAAACCCAUCUCUUAAGGUGUCAUAUUUCCCUAGUAGUAUUCUAUUUUAGCUGGUCCUUAACUCCAAGGAUUCAACAAGUACAAUAUAACUUUCAGCAUCACUGUUCAACUCAAGUUCCAAACAGCUAACCUUCUGCAAGAUCCUUACCUAUCCCUGUAUUAUGUAUGCACAUCCAAUCAUUAUUCUUGAUGACUUUUCUCCCUUAGUUUAGCUCUUGUCUCUUAUAAAUUCCACUUGCUGUCUGCUUCUACAACAUAGCAGAAUUGCCACUCUCUUUGUAUUCAACUUCUCUGUGAUAAUGCUGGAAGAUUACCUCAAACAAACAUCCAGGAUAUUUACAGCUUAUGUCUCCCUUCUCUAAGACACACUGUACAUUGCUUGUGUUUCAGUGCCUGGAAUACCUGCCUGACAUAUUAGUUGAUUAUGGUAAGGGAGAAAUCUGGCACUAUUUGUAUUGCUAUGUAAAACCAAAAAUCCUAGCAAAGAGGAUAUUCUGAUCAUUCUCCCCACUGCCUUGUGUUUGACACUCAUUGAAUUCUCUAAUCUUUCGUGUUAACCAUACCCAGUUCCUUAACUACCCCUCACAGUACAGAACAGAUAUGAUGGUAAGUCACCACAUGCAGGGCUACACAAUCAGACAGUCCUCAUCUCCAAGUUGCUGAGUGUCAUAAACAAGACAGACCACCCACAUUCCUUGUUCCCUUUUGAAAUCCAUUUCUGAAAGCUGAAACAUGAAGCAGGGUGUGCAGAACUAAAGGUUAUUAAAAGCAAAAGGCUAGAAUUCUUUUUUUGCCUUCUCUAUUAUCCUUAUUAGACAGCGAUAGGGACCAGAUAUACUAUUGUGAGAAAGAAAAUGGGGGAAGAAUUUAUAGAAAAAAGUAUACCUGACAAAGGUUGCCUUUCCAAGUCUUAAUUACAAACCAUUAAAAGUGAAUUCGGCUUAUGCUGUCUUUGACCAUCUAAAGGUCAGAGAGUUCAAAAACAAAUUUUAUGAAUCUUCAGAAUUAUACCUGAAACUCAAAAACAAAGAUAUUAAUUGGUGACUAUAACCUCACACACCCUCUCUCAGAUGGCUAGUGGUCCCUACAGUGAAAUUGCUCUGUGAGGCUUUAUCCUUAAGUCCUAGCUUUAAACAAGUUUGGUCAAUGACACCUUGGUAGCCUAGGAGUCACAUCCACUCUGAUCAAAUCAGGGUAGGAAUGCUAUUUAGGAGGAGAAACCUGCAACAUAAACCAUCAUUCUCUGCUAAAGCAAGUGGUAAAUAUUCAACCAGAGAAUAAAACCAGAUUUUUAAUAGGCCAUAAUGUGCCGGCUCACAGGAUAUAUGGCAGAAGCACAUUUUGCUCUGCCUGUUUCUUGUCACAUUCAAGAUCCGCAUCAGCAAACGUUUCCUAUAAAGGGCUAGAGGGUAAGUAUUUUAUGCUUUGUGCACCACAGCCUAUUCAAUUCUGUCAUUGUCAGCAUGUUUAUAGACAACAUAGAAACUGUGGUGUUCUGACAAUUCCACAGGAAUCUAGAAUUUGGUCCAACAGUGAUGUAUCUGGUCCUGUGAUGCCUGCUAUAAAUAAGUGUAGAUAAUUAAAAAGGCUGAAAAUAUGUUUUCAUAUUUUGUAAACUGGCAAGUGAAAUGAACUUGUUUCCACACCAUGAAUCAUAUUUUGCAUUCUAUGUUAUACUAUCUCCACACAUUAAUGAAUCAUAUUUUACCUUCUAUAACUCCAAAAUGAAAACUCCCUUCUCUCAACAGGUAAAUACCACAGGGGAAUAGUGAGAGGGACAUUGAUUAUCGACGUGGCCUGGUCAACAUCGAGUGAAGGUCCCUUCGUUGUUUUCCAAUGAUGCUGCAGAAGUAGUCUUUGCCAGUACUUCUUUCCUUCAUUCAGCCAGAGCUCUUCACACCACCAUGGGCUGCAUGAAAUCAAAGCAAACCUUCCCAUUUCCUACCACACUGGAGAAUGAGAAGCGACAUGAGAGUGAAGAAAACUUUAUACCAGAAGAGAGACUUCUACCUAAGAUGCCCUCUCCAGAUAUCACCCAAACAGCUGAGAAGGAAGUGCCACCACCGAGUACUACGCUCCUUGAAUAUGCAGAGUCCCUAGCCCAGGAAAUCAUGGAGGACGCUGUGAAUCAAUGGGCAAGCAAUAACACCAAGUACUGCGACAUCCCAUACAUUGAGAAUGACAGCUCUGACACUGCGGGAUGACAGAACUUUCCUGAACUUUGCAUAUAGCUGGUGCUAGUUUAAAUACAUGAGGCAAAAGCAAAUGUGGGUGUGAAUAAGUACAAAUAAGUCUAUCUAGAUGUAAAAACGGGUGAAGAAUGCCACAAGUGUAGGAAUAACUAAGAAGAAAUGUGUUUUAAGCAGUUCUCUAUUAAUGGCAAUACACAUUGCACCUGGGGUCACAGGCUGGACAGAGGCCCUGUGUCUCAGUAAUUAGCUGUAAUGCCAUAGCACAUCUUCCCCAUGCACUGAUGUGAUCACCAAAGAGAAAUAAGUGCCCAAGUUCCAAAUGGCUGUUUUAAUAGAUUUUGUGGUGGUGGUGGUGGUUGUUGAUUGUGGGGCCUGA